AUGGCGAAUAUCAGCAUCAAUUACCAGGUUCUCAUCAUCAUGGCAGACUUCUUUUGUCCGCUCCAGACUGGUAUCCAGACCCCCAAGAUUGGCUUUAUUCGGGCACAGGUCAAAAAGUUGCGAGCACUCUGCCAGUGUCCUGCGGAUGCCAUCAAGCUUCACUUGGAUAGCUGGGGGUUAAAGAAACUUUGGUCCUAUGCUUUGCGUAAGGCGGGAAAGGAGAAGACUGAAUGCACUUCCAAUCCCAAACGUAGAGACCAUGGCACCCAGCUUUUCUAUGACGUCUUGUUCAAGCACUGGGGAGUGAGGCUUCGCAAAGCCAAGCCUUCCAAAGUCCUGAUGAUUGACAACCCGGCCGAUGUGAAGCAAGAGGAGCAGGACCUGCAGCGAGCACUUCGGGGAGAUGAAUGUGAUGAAGCUGACACAGAAGUUGUGGUGGUUCUGGAUGACCCAUACCUUGAUGGGAUGUUUGUGGAUGAUGAUAGCCCCGUGCAAGAUGAGGAGAAAGCCAACCCAGUCUCUGAUGACAAACCAACCUCUGAUGAGAAGCCAGCCUCUGAUGACCAACAGUUCGCCGAGGUCAACGCAGCCCCGGCCACCCAGAAUUAUGAUGAUGCGGUGGUGUGCUCCAGUGCUGAUUCUUCGCUGGUUCUGGCUCAACUCAAUCUUAGGAUUAUGCAGAUCCAGUUGAAGCGCCAGCAAAAGCGUGCUGCUGCACAGGAGAAACCUGUGCAGGUGAAUGCGGUGAGUGAGGUGGCACCCGGAGUGAAUGUUGACAACAUGGACACGCUCCCCUACUCAAUCAUGGACCACAAUGCCGACUUGUCCCCCAUGCCCAUGUCCCAGGGUGUGACUCCUUCACCUUUGGGGCCCGUUGAAGUCGAAGAGACCCCGCCCAAAGUUGAGUCAUUGAAGCGGGUUUUGGUGCAGCAGUUUGAUUCGAUGUCCAAGGGUGAUUCCAAACCUGAAAUCCAAGCAUCCCUGCCUGAUGCUACUGGGGCUACUGGGGUUGGAAGGGAAACCCUACCUGAUGGUGAGACCCUGCCUGAUGAUCCUGCGGUGAAAGGUGAUGCUCCGGUGGGACAUGAGACCCUUGGUGAUGCCCCAGUACAAGGUGAGACCCUACCUGAUGACUGUCCAAGCCUUUCUGAGAUUGCUGCAGCUUUUGGAGAAGCUUUGCUUCAACCACAGCUUGACGAGCCACCUGUGACUUUGGAUCACAGUGAUUGCCUUGCCCCUGCCGAAUCCAGUCAGGUGUUGGAAGCUGGUGCUCCUACUCCCAUGGGCUCUCCAGAGCAACCGCCUGCGAAGUGCAGCAGCAGCAGCAGCAGUGAGGCUGAGGAAGACUUGGGGGGAGGGGUUGAAGAAGUUCCCUCACCUACCUUAGAAGAGGAGCUGGAUGCUGAGCUUGAGGGCGCGGCACCUGUGGUCAAAAGGGUUGAGCAAUACAAGCAAAAGACAGAGAACCAUCCACCUGCCAAAAGGAGAAGGCCUAAGGCCAAGAAGGCUGAAGAACCCAAGGAACCCAAGAAAAGAAAGGCUUCAGAGAGCAGGCCCAAGAGCAAGGCGAAAGCCAAGGCAAAAGCUACUAGUAAGGCAAAAGCUAAGGCGAAAGCAGUUGCAGAGCAGCAGGCACCGGCAGCAGCUUUGCCUCCACAGCCAGCAGCACCUUUGGAUCCGCCGCUGCCAGCACCUUUGGAUCCACCAGCAGUUCCCCUGCCCAAAGCCAAAGGGAGGUCAAAGGGCAAGCAUUACAUGACCAUUGACGACAUCAUUCCCCCGACACCAGCACCACCAAGACUGGCGCCAUGUGUUGACAAGACCAAUCCAAAGGACACACGUGCAGAAGAGGGUGAGAUUGUUGGCAAGGGUGGGAAGCCCAAGGCUCCCAAGAAGAGGGGUUCUGAGCCAAAGGCAUCAUCCAGUGGGGUGAAGAAGAAGCGGGGGAAAGGAAAAAAUGAGACACCUGAGCCUGUCCUUCCUGCUGAGCCUGCUCUUCCUGCUGAGCCUGCUGACUAUGCUGUUGAGCCCGUUGCCGAAGGCCCUGCCCCUCAGCCGAAAGAGAAGAGUUUUGCUCGCAGGCCUCGUCCGAAGACUGAGCCUGCUGUCACCAAGUGGGUUCAGAUCCGAGAUGUCUUCAAUGAGCGUGUCUGUGGGGAGAUCAUGGAGAGGGGCGUGCGCUUUCCCGGCACUUGGGAGGAGCCUUGGUUGAAGGCAUGCACAAAGAAGUUUGCCGAACACUAUGUCCCUGAUGAUCUUUCUGAGUACCGUCAGAUCGUGAUCGAUUGCAUUCCAGCUUUCGUGGAUCAUGUGACACUGACCCUGAUGCAGUGAGCCAUAUACCAGUUCCAUUUUCUUUCCAACCGUGUGCAUUCACACUGGCUGAUUUGGGGUUUCUUUGUGCAUGUGUGAUCACAUGCAACGCCAAGACUUGAGUUGAUUGGAGCUUGGUACCAUAGCGCAGAGGGUGACAAAAAA